AUGCCUCACAAACACACCCGCAAAGAUAGGGACGCCUCUACGUUCGAUUUGCCGCCUACGCAGAUCGCCCGUCCUUUACCUGUCAAGGACUCGUUCUUUUCAAAACCAGACGAAGAUGCCAAAGCGAAGAAUAACAAGCGAAAGAGAGAGGGUGGUCAAAAUGACAUGCCGCGGGCUUUCAGGAGACUGAUGGCUUAUUCUGACGGCAAAAAGCCAAGGUCGGGACUUGACAAUGGCGAUGCGCCACAGACCAAGACCAAGAAAAAGAACAACAAGAAAGCUGCCGAGCAAGCGCCCGCUGAGACGCAAACCAAGGACAACAAGCCAGAGGUGCCAACCAUUCGACCGGGCGAGCGCAUGUCGGAAUUUGCUGCACGUGUGGAUGCUGCUCUGCCGGUCGGAGGAUUGAUCAGCAAGAGCGCGAAGAAUGGAAAAGAUCCCCUUGGUCUCAAGGUUCGGCGCACCAGAAAGGAGAAGCAAAUGCACAAGCUAUACGAUGAGUGGAGAGAAGAGGAGCGAAAGAUUCAAGAAGAAAAGGCUGAAGAAGCAGAGCUAAAGGCCGAGAAGGAGAUGGAGGACGAGGAGGCGGGCAUCUCGUGGAAAGCCAACACCCAGGUUCCUGCAACAGGCAAGAAGAAGAAGAAGGGCAAACGUGCCAAGUACCUGGACGAGGUUGCCGGCGCCGAGGAGGACCCAUGGGAAGAGCUCAAGCGGAAAAGAGGCGAGUCGAGGCCUGGACUGCACGAUAUCGCAAAGGCGCCUCCGGAGCUGCACCUCAAGAAGCCCAAGAAGCUGACUGUCCGUGGCGCCACCGUGGCAGUCGACGGUGUUCCCAAAGCUGCAGGCAGUUUGAGGAGACGAGAGGAGCUUCAGGAGGUCAGGGACGAUAUUGUUGCCUCUUACCGAAAGUUGAUGGAAGGAAAGAGGCCAAGUCUUCGUCAACCAUAA